GUUGAGUCAUGAAGGUGUGAGCAGGUAAGGCAAAAGUAGAGCCCUCACCCAGUCACGUCUGUGCAAAUCUUCCUAUUUUACCCUAUUCACCAAACAAAACAAGGGCGAACUUUGGGAUCAAUCGCUCAGGGUUCCCAUCAUGAGGGGGCGCACUCCUUAUCAUUGUCUCUUGUUUGCCUUCCUGUGCUACGUGGUCGGGGGUGGAGCCAUCUCAGAAUUCAGGAUAUGUGCCUUCAGUAUGAACAAGUUUGACACACAGAAGACGUUUCACUACAAAGUGCUGCACACGCUCACAAGGAUUGUGUCUCGCUGCGACAUCGCCUUCCUCCAGCAAGUGGUGGAUUCUGAUGGCUCACUCAUCAAAAGUUUGGUGGCAUCACUCAACAGGUACAGUGGAAGGGAAGCUCAAAGGUAUGAAGGCUACCACUACAACUCUGUGUCCAGCGCCAACCUGGGAAAACCUAAUGACCUGCAGAAGUACGUCUUCAUUUACAGGACCGAGACAGCACAUGUAACUGCUCAACAACAAUACCAGAAGCAAAAUCAAUUUCUCCGAGCGCCUUUGGCUGUUUACUUCCACAGCAACAGAACUACUAUCAAAAAUUUUGUUCUGGUCGGGUUGCAUACGGACCCAAGUAGCACCGUACAGGAGAUCAACCGCCUCUACGAUGUCUUCGAGGAAGUGCUGAAAAAAUGGAAUAACAAGAACGUCAUGUUCUUGGGAAAUUUCCACGCUAGCUGUGCCUACAUGACACGCCGUGACAAGAAGCAAAUCCGACUGUUCACCAACACUAGCUUCCACUGGCUCAUUAAAGACAAAAUGGACACUACCAUCACAGAUGAGACAAACUGCGCAUAUGACCGAAUCGUUGUGCACGGAAAGUCUUUCCUGAAAGCUAUCGAGCCGUUCUCCGCUGGUGUCUUCGACUUCCCUCGAGAAUAUAAGCUUUCCAAGACAAAAGCGCAGGAGGUGAGCUCCCACCUUCCUGUGGAGGUGAGGCUCAAGAGCUCUGCCCUACUCCUUCAGGCCAAACAUCUCCUGGUCCUGCUUGCCCUGUGUUGCCUGUUUCUGUGAAUUGUUUUUGUCAUGUCGGCGUGCUCACUGGACGUCUUGUAUCACAUGAUCACUACCAUUUGGCAUUGCACCUUGCUCCUCGGAAUUGUUCUGGUCCGAAUGGCGAAGGUGCUGUUAUCUCAAUGUGGAGAAAGUUUUUUUUUUUUUUAACUUGGCAGUGCCAAACUUUCAUCAAUGACACAGCUGUUAUAUUUUUAUCACACACGGUCAUAUUUUUCCCUAUGGUGGGGGAUUGCACAGAUCAAGAAAAAAAAAAAUCACCUAAGGUUUCAAUGAAACUUAAAUUGUGAUGAUUUGAGUUUGUGCGUAAUGUGAUUACUUGUGAAACCACAUUCUCUUCACUGUUGAUUUUAAAUUGUUUUUUGAUUUUUUCCAAAUAAAAUUAUG